GUGAUGCACUUAAGCAGUCCCACCUGCACCUGCACCUGCACCUGCCUGCAUAACACAAACAACAACGCGUAAGUACCACACCAUUUCUUUUCGGCCACAAUUCCUUCAAACCACGUUGCGCGCAGCUGCAAUUAGGUGCAUUCGACUCAGAAUUGAAUUCUGAACACAAUGAUACAAGAAUCAUCAAUUUUGAACGACUUUUGAAGCUAUCGCGACCUUGCACAUUCCUGUCGCGAACAGCUCAUUCCCACCUCACAUCCGCCCCACCUGCCUCCCGAGCUCAACUUUUUCCUUUCCAAAAUGUUCCGUUCAUAUCGUACUGAUACAACUUGUUUCAAGCAGAUCUCGUCCGCAGAAGUUGUUUGUUAAACAUCCAAGCCUAUACCACUCGAUUCCGUACAAAUCAAUUCGAUUCGAUUCAACAUGGCUCGCGCAAAGAAGGCUCCCGUCCCUCCUGCCGGCCGAACCAACUCGGUUCGAACCGGUUCGGCUCGUAUCGGAUCCACUGGCUACUGGUUCACCGGUACCCCGGAGGGCGACCCUUUCAAUGCAGAUCAGCUCAAUUCGAUCGGAAUCGGAUCGUUUACUCUGGGUGGUCAGAAGCUUGAUGAAGCCUACAAAACCAAUCCGAACAUGACCAAAAAGGAAUUUGAUCAGACUCGAAUCGCCUUGGAAAAGAUUCUUGCGAGCAACUCCAAACUUGGAAAGAAUCUUUUGGUCCAGAAUUCAGUCCUUGCACGUCCCAUUCAGCUUGUUCACGGCUUGAACCAGAUCGAUCCGACUCGAUCCAAUCAGCUCACUGCCGCUGCAGCCUACGUCAGCUGUGCCCCGGAGAAUUCUACCAUCUGCCGCCAGUGCGCCAGUGCGAGUGCUUCCGGUCCGUUUCGAAUGUGCAUCAAGGUGGAUUCGGACUUCAAUGCAGCUUGUUUCAACUGCCAGUACUCUGGUUCUGCCAACCACUGCUCGUUCUACUCUGGUACCAAGGGUAAAGGCAAGGCAGCGGCAACCGAGUCGGAUCCAAUCGAAUCGAUUCUGAACAGCCUUGAAGACUACAAGGCUGGCACUCUCGAGGCUCUGAUCAAUUCGAUUCAGGAGGAAUUGGAUUCCCGCGCCGACGGUACUCCUGCCGGUAAGAAGCGCAAGCACUAAUCCAGCUCGAAUCGGCCCGAAUCGAUUCGAUACGACACGUAACGUCUCAGAGCGGGCAAUUUCGACAAUUCAGCUGGUUUCGACUUGUUUCAAGGCAUUUAGCAUGGAGUAAAGGGUACAUGCAUUGAUUCCCCGCGGUAAUACACAGGAACGACAGCUUGCGAAUGGUUUCAGAUCGAUUUGAUAUGAUCCAACUCGGUAUCAUAUGAUUAGUCAUAGAUCAAUAGCAAUACAGUGCGAUUCAAU